AUGCCCAGCGCCUCGGGCGAUGUUUGGACAUCUUGGACAGCACGCCAACUCCGACAGGAAUGCGUGUCGAGAGGCAUCGACUUGACCGGCUGCUUUGAGAAGGAAGCCAUACUCCAAAGGCUGCUUGCUGCGGAGGAAGUUGCGCCACACACAAAGUCCAAGCCAUCCAGCCAUGCUGCCUCGGGCGAUACCGGACGCGACGAGGAGCCACAACCAGAAGAUGCAUCCUCAAAGUCAACAAGAGCAGAUGCAAGUUCUGCAAAUUCAGCAGCCAACGGACGUCAAGCUGCAGACGGAGUUGAUCCUGCCGAGUGCGACACCACUUGGCAGGCCAAGACUAUGCGAGAACUCCGUCGAGAGGGAGUGCUGCUAGGCGUCGAUUUGAGAGGCUGCUUCGACAAGGAUGACAUCAUCCAAAAGCUCCAGGCUGCGAAGCGAAGUGCACCAGCUGGAGGAGACAAGCUUGCGCGUGACACACAGCCAGAGAUGCCAGAGGUGCCUGUGCACCCAGGGCCAGGAGCGCCAGGCCAAGUCCGGCCCGGCUCACCUCCCCAGCAGAACACGCAGAAGGCGAGCCCGGAGCCGGAGGGUGGUCCGUGCUUGACAACAGAGGAGAAGGUGGCUGACCACGACCAUAAUGCAGGCUCCUCAAAAGAGAGUGAGCUAGGUCGCGAGGCGGGAGAGCCGCACGUGGUAGAGGUGGAGACAGACCUGACGAGCCAGGAGCAACUAGGCUCCCAAGGCAAAGAGCUCAGAGAGCUCAAAGAAGAGCUGCACAAGCGGCAAAGAGAGCCUGAGCAGGAACAGCUCAGCGAACAGAGCCAAAGCAGGCUUCAGCACCUCCCUAAGCAGCAGCGAAUACAGAGCACCUGGCAGGAAGUCUUAGAAGCUGGCUGUGACAUGAACCAUCUUUCAGAGCCAUGUUACAAAGCUGACGCCAAGAAUCACGUGUACAGAGAUGCAGAAGUGCAAGGAUAUUCGUUGGAGGUAGUGCCCAUGAGGACCCUGGUCAAAGAAUGCAAGAUGCUUGGCAUUGAUGCAUCUGGUCUAUACGCAAAGUGCGAGGUCAUCAGCAAGUUGAUGUCUGUCCUGGACCAGACGAUCGCAUCAGAAGCGAGACUCUUCCAGGUAGUGGGCGGCUACCAACAAGAAGCUCCACAAGACUCAGAGGCUGCGUUGCCCGAACCGGUUGGCCCGCCGAUUUCUCUGUCUCCGUUCAAAGCGGAAGAAAGGCCUAAAGCGACGCCCAAGACAACUUUCAAUCCAUGGUCAUUGGGUGACCCUAUCCUCGAAGAGGACACCGGAGGGAAAGACUUGGCAGCGAGCGGGAGCGAAGAUGAUGCAGAAGAAAUUAUCAUGGAUGACUUCCAGGAGGGAUCGGCGGCUCCCAAGGAGUCGCAGAGCCCAUCCUCGUCUUCAAAAGCUUGCCCUUUCCAAGAGGACAGCGCCGAGGGCUCGAUGCUGGCAGGUGGCAAGGAGGGUUCAGCACCAACAGCUCCGAAGGAGUUGAGCUCACCUUCAUCUCUACGAGGCCCACUCGCAGGUGGGGAUCCAGUUGAGUUUGCCACCCAGCGACCACGCGCAUCCAUAUCCGAGCUUUUCCGAUUGUCCCUCUCAGAGCUCGAAACCAGGUGCAUGGCUGAGGGCCUGGAGGUUGGCCCGGGAGACUCGAAGGGAGUUCUGAUUUCGAGGCUAAAGCAGGCUUUGUCAAAAUCGGCAACGUUAACGGCUGCCUCCCCUACCGGCCCCAGCCAAACCCCACCACCUUGUCAGCAGGAUGCUGAAAGCCUUCCGCCUGCAAGUCAACCAACGGUCCCUGAUAGCGUACAUCAGAAUCCAGCAAUGGCAACCAGCUUCAAACAAGAGCCCGAGAUGUUCAACAUAGGGUCUGACGACGGAAGCUGCGCAGAAGAACCGUCAGACACGGAUUUCUUCCCAGAUCUGCAUCAGGGGCACAUGUUCGGGUCGACAGGGACCGCCGAGGCUGAGUCUCAUGAUGAGCCCGAAAAGCUGGCCCGUUCGGUCAGUGGAGAGUCCGAGAUCGUUGAGAACGCAGUUGAGAACCCAGCAGACCCAGCGGACCCAGCGGACCCAGCGAAGCCACAGUCAGAGCAUGUGCACUCUACAGUGACAGACAAGGAAGCUGAUGGCGACAACGAGGCAAGCACAUGCGAUGCAUGCGAGGCCAAGGCUGGAGGAUCGAGCGAAGGCCAAGAAUCGUCUUCACGGCUCCAGGACGGUCCAGACAACGAAGGGCCCCAAACCAGCAGCAACACGGAGCUCGACAGUGACGGAACAUCAGCCUUCGACGCCGCAGCUGGACCAAGCAAAGAGUUCGCAGAGAAAACCGACCCCAUGCAAGAUUCGCAGGACCAUGAUCCCGCCGGUAACCCCUCCCGUCGAACUUCCAGCGGCGGCAGUAUGUUUGACUUCGAUGAUCUUGAUGAGAUCGAGGCCUGGUGCCCCCGGUCAGCCACGUAA